CUGGCUGACAAGACAGUUGUGCGCUGGGAACCAGGCUAGCGAACUUUGUGCAUUAUCGUAUAUUCUUCGCAGAAUGGGAAUAUCAGAUUUGACAUUUGACACAAAUGGUGAGUGCAUGACAGCGCCCUUUGUGUGAUGUUCGACUUUACAGGUCAACGAUUUAGCUAUAACGUUUGUUUGAAAUGAUUGUCUCGGUCCUACGUUAGCUAGCUAACUAGCUGGAGCUACUUACUGUUUGUAGCUACUCAUCCUGUCCUCUGUCCAGCUAAUGUGGUCAACUGAUAGUCCAGAGUCAUGCUUACAGGACUGGAGGACUAAUAUAUGGCCAACAGAUCACAAUGGCCCUAUUGAUUUGUGUUUUUAAUAAAGCUAUGCUGCAUUGGAUAUGUGAAACAAAUCGUUUUCAUUGUCUGAGCAAGACUCCCAAUAUCAUGCUGGAUUUUCACAACCAUCAUGUCUCCAAACCCACUACUUUAUCAGCUACUCAAUCAACAGAGUGAAGGUGAAUGAUUCAUCAUCCCUCAGACUAUAGUAGACUAUAGUAGGCCCAGUAUAAAUAAACUGUAUCAUAAUGAAGAAGUUCUCCAAGACAGCUUGCAUGUUUCAGUUGGCUCCUUGUCUGUAUCUUGCUUAAAGGUGUGUCCAUGUACAUAAUAGAUGUAUAAGCUUUCCUCCGGCUGAUAUCGUUCAUGUUCAUGGUGAUACUACCAACAUGUGCAUAAUAGAUUAUACAUCCAUCCAUCCACUCCCAUGUUUAUGUUUCUCCCGGUUUCCCCUUCAGGUCCUGUGGUGGACCUGUCAGCCCAGGGUCUGCAGAAGCUGGAGCCCAGUUUCACCUGUUCUGAUGAAACACACACGCUCAUCCUGGACCAGAACCAUAUCAUGAAACUGGACCAUCUGGAGAGGAGCCAAGGCCUCCAACAGGUAGGCUCCUUGUAAGUGAGGACUUGGUGGACUGUAUUUUCUUUAGGUUAGGUUUACUUUAUGUGUUUGCUCCCAUGUGCUGUUAAGGGCACAGAUGAUAGACAGGUAGGAUACCAGUUGAGGUGGUUUAAUAACGCUGAAGAUGCACAGGCACAGAACAGCACCACACAGUGUAUGUCGUAUGGAUGGGCUAAGGCACUUAGUGGUAUGGCAACUUGCUUCAACCAAAGUGUGUGUGGUAUAUCAACAAGGCCGCACACCGGCCUUGGCUAACACAAUGAAAGGGAACUGGUGGGGAAAACAAGGAUGGCUGGAACUUUCUCUCACUUGACUUCUCUUGACCUGAUCUUCUUCUCUGAGCUGGAGAUCGCCCAGCAUGCUCUGCUCCACUUCACCGGUGGGCGGAGCUACAGCUCUGAUAUGAUGAACUAACAUUACUGAUAUGAUUAACUACAAAUACGUCACAGCCUUUCGUACACGCCCUCUUACUGGGUACUUUUACAUGAUUGGUUGUGUGACUAAAUUUGCAUUUCCACCAAAGCACAUUUGAUGGAAUAUGUUCAACUUAAUUGUUGAAUAUUGUUGAAUUCCUAAUCUAAUUUGUAUAAUGGGCAUUUACUACUUCUAUAUCUUGUUGCAAACUUGCAAUGUACCACAUUGGGUUGGAUUUGUUCCCUCUAUAUUGUUUUGCUGUCUCAUUCUGCCUCACUCUUUCCUGUUUUCUGUGCUGUGCAGCUAUCUGUUGUUGGAAACCGCCUGGUGCGAAUGAUGGGUGUGUGUCGUCUGACCGAGCUGAGAGUUCUGAACCUGCCCAAUAACAGUAUUGGCUAUAUUGAAGGGCUGAGAGACCUGCCACACCUGGAGUGGCUCAACUUGGCAGGCAACAACAUCAAGGUGAGGGGAAAAAAGUGGACAAGGUACUCCCUCUGUAUUUGUGUACAUUUUGUCUCCUGAUCAUGCAAUCUGGAUGUCCACUUUUCACUCAGGUCAUUGAGCAGCUCAACAACUGUGUGGCUCUCCAACACUUGGACCUGUCUGAUAACAACAUCUCCAACAUUGGUGAUGUUACCAAGCUGUUAGCCUUAAAGGUGAGAACAGGUCUUGUCUCAUGGCUUUUCAGAGUUAUGGGGAUGCAGAUAGAAUUCUGGAGCAAUAAGCAGGAGAGUUUUUAAGUGAUUGGUUGUGGUGUUGAUUGAAUGGCUGCCAUUUCUCUUGUAGACCCUUCUCCUCCACGGGAAUAGCAUUACGACGCUGCGGACCGUUCCCGCUCAUUUGCCCAUCCAUCUGUCCAUCCUCUCCCUGGCAGAGAAUGAAAUUAGAGACCUCAACGAGGUAAAGACCCCGCCUUUUUGUUCCUUUGUACUCUCACCUGCUCUGCUUUUACAACAAUCUCUCUCCUACUUCUCUCUCACCUGCUUGUCUCUCUUUCUUUCUCUCUCUCUCUCUGCCUCCCACAGGUAUCCUACCUGGCACCCCUCCACGACCUGGAACAGCUCUCCAUUAUGACUAACCCCUGUGUCAUGGCAACCCUCUCAUUGCCUAAAUACGACUACCGGCCGUACAUCAUGAGCUGGUGUCUGAAUCUCAAGGUCCUGGACGGAUAUGUGGUGUCACAGAAAGAAGGGUGAGACCAGUUCCAGAACUCCAUUGAAGUUACAAAUGCCAACUAGGCAGGGGAAGGGGGGUAGGCAGGGAUUGAAAUUAAGGGUUGCCUUAUUGCCCAGGGAAGUGACUUGAGCAGUUGCCCCAUUAGGCUGGAGAUUUUUUUUAUUUACUGAUUACAACCAAAAUGCAAAAAAUUCCUGUAGUCUGGUCUUUCUGGUUCCUCCCCUGUGUUUUAGGUGACAAUAGCUACUUAAAAUGUUUGAGGUGUUGAGUGAUGAUCACUCUUAUUGCUGGUGAUUUAAUGUUUCUAAUGUCUGUGAUCUCAGGUUGAAGGCGGAGUGGCUGUACAGCCAGGGCAAAGGUCGAUCAUACCGGCCAGGUCAGCACGUGCAGCUGGUCCAGUACUUGGCCACCGUGUGCCCUUUGACCUCCACGCCAGCCCUUGAGACGGUGGAGGAUGCCAAGCUGGAGAAGAUCCUCAGCAAGCAGAGGUAGGAGAAUACAUUCACAACUGGACUGUGAUGCCAACAGCUGUUCAAUGAGGUUAACUAUCACACGGGUAGUGGAUGUGUUCUCCUCCCUGUGAUCACUUGGAAAAAGCGGCAGAUAUACAGUACCAGUCAAAUGUUUGGACACACCUACUCAUUCCAGAGUUUUUCUUUAUUUUUAAAAAUUUUUACAUUGUAGAAUAAUAGUAAAGACAUAAACUAUGGAAUCAUGUAGUAACCAAAAAUGUGUUAAACAAAUCAAAAUAUAUUUGAGAUUCUUCAAAUAGCCACCCUUUGCCUUGAUAAAAGCUUUGCACAGUCUUGGCAUUCUUUCAACCACCUUCACCUGGAAUGCUUUUCCAACAGUCCAGGUGGCGAAUCGCAUCUCUGCAUGUCUGGCAGACAUAUCAGUGUGGAUGACGGAUCACCACCUCAAGCUGAACCUCGGCAAGACGGAGCUUCUCUUCCUCCCGGGGAAGGACUGCCCGUUCCAUGAUCUCGCCAUCACGGUUGACAACUCCGUUGUGUCCUCCUCCCAGAGUGCAAAGAGCCUUGGCGUGACCCUGGACAACAACCUGUCGCUCUCCGCUAACAUCAAGGCGGUGACCCGAUCCUGUAGGUUCAUGCUCUACAACAUUCGCAGAGUACGACCCUGCCUUACACAGGAAGCGGCACAGGUCCUAAUCCAGGCACUUGUCAUCUCCCGUCUGGAUUACUGCAACUCGCUGUUGCCUGGGCUCCCUGCCUGUGCCAUUAAACCCCUACAACUCAUCCAGAAUGCCGCAGCCCGUCUGGUGUUCAACCUUCCCAAGUUCUCUCACGUCACCCCGCUCCUCCGCACACUCCACUGGCUUCCAGUUGAAGCUCACAUCUGCUACAAGACCAUGGUGCUUGCCUACGGAGCUGUGAGGAGAACGGCACCUCCGUACCUUCAGGCUCUGAUCAGUCCCUACACCCAAACGAGGGCAUUGUGUUCAUCCACCUCUGGCCUGCUGGCCCCCCUACCUCUGCGGAAGCACAGUUCCCGCUCAGCCCAGUCAAAACUGUUCGCUGCUCUGGCACCCCAAUGGUGGAACAAGCUCCCUCACGACGCCAGGACAGCGGAGUCACUCACCACCUUCCGGAGACACUUGAAACCCCACCUCUUUAAGGAUUUUUUUUUUGUUUUAUUGUAAAGUGGUUGUCCCACUGGCUAUCAUAAGGUGAAUGCACCAAUUUGUAAGUCGCUCUGGAUAAGAGCGUCUGCUAAAUGACGAAAAUGUAAAUGUAAGGAGUUCCCACAUAUGCUGAGCACUUGUUGGCUGCUUUUUCUUCACUCUGCGGUCCGACUCAUCCCAAACCAUCUCAAUUGGGUUGAGGUCGGGGGAUUGUCGAGGCCAGGUCAUCUGGUGCAGCACUCCAUCACUCUCCUUCUUGGUAAAAUAGCCCUUACACAGCCUGGAGGUGUGCUGGGUCAUUGUCCUGUUGAAAAACAAAUGAUAGUCCCACUAAGCCCAAACCAGAUGGGAUGGAGUAUCGCUGCAGAAUGCUGUGCCAUGCUGGUUAAGUGUGCCUUGAAUUCUAAAUAAAUCACAGACAUUGUCACCAGCAAAGCACCCCCACACCAUAACACCUCCUCCUCCAUGCUUUACGGUGGGAACUACACAUGCGGAGAUCAUCCGUUCACCCUCAUCGCAUCUCACAAAGCCACGGCGGUUGGAACCAAACAUCUCCAAUUUGGACUCCAGACCAAAGGACAAAUUUCCACCGGUCUAAUGUCCAUUGCUCGUGUUUCUUGGCCCAAGCAAGUCUCUUCUUCUUAUCGAUGUCCUUUAGUAGUGGUUUCUUUGCUGCAAUUUGACCAUGAAGGCCUGAUUCACACAGUCUCCUCUGAACAGUUGAUGUUGAGAUGUGUCUGUUACUUGAACUCUGUGAAGCAUUUAUUUGGGCUGCAAUAUCUGAGGCUGGCAACUCUAAUGAACUUAUCCUCUGCAGCAGAGGUAAAUCUGGUUCUUCCAUUCCUGUGGCGGUCCUCAUGAGAGCCAGUUUCAUCAUAGCGCUUGAUGGUUUUUGCGACUGCACUUGAAGAAAUGUUAAAAGUUCUUGACAUUAUCCGUUAUGACUGACCUUCGUGUCUUAAAGUAAUGAUGGACUGUUGUUUCUCUUUGCUUAUUUGAGCUGUUCUUGCCAUAAUAUGGACUUGGUUUUUUACCAAAUAGGGCUAUCUUCUGAAUACCCCCCACCUUGUCACAACACAGCUGAUUGUCUCAAACGCAUUAAGAAGGAAAGAAAUUCCACAAAUUAACUUUUAAGAAGGCACACCUGUUAAUUGAAAUGCAUUCCAGGUGACUACCUCAUGAAGCUGGUUAAGAGAAUGCCAAGAGUGUGCAAAGCUGUCAUCAAGGCAAAGGGUGGCUAUUUGAAUUUGUUUAACACUUUUGUGGUUACUACAUGAUUCCAUGUGUUAUUUCAUAGUUUGGAUGUCUUAACUAUUAUUUUACAAUGUAAAAAAUAGUAAAAAUAAAGAAAAACCCUUGAAUGAGUAGGUGUGUCCAAACCUUUGACUGGUAGUGUAAGUCCAACCCAUUGUUACAAUCCAUUUGACACUAAACUGGAUCCAUGCACCUCUGUGGCUUUUCUGCUUAGUUUUGGUCAUUUAACUUCAAGGUACCGCAAGGUAUCUUUUAACCAGAUGAGAAAUAUGAAGCAGAUGAGACAGCAGUUUUAUUGGGAUCCUCUCUCCUUUGUAUCAUGUUAGUUAACCAGGGGACCUGUGUAUAUUUACAGAUUCCACCAGAGGCAGCUCCUGCAGCAGACCCAGGGGGGCUCCCCCAGCCCUCCCCACCCCACCCAACUGGAUGUGGAGACUCAAAGCCCCUUCCAUGUGCCUCCACUAAGGGAAGCCAGAGAGGCAGACAGAGCCACAACGCCUGUGACUGCUCCAUUAGCCAGACAGACAGGUAGAGGACAUGAACUCUACCUGUGUUUUUGUGUUUUUCUCAAUUCUGUAACUCCCAUCAAUCCCAGUGUGUGUCUGGUGUGUAAAUGUAAUCUGUUCCUUUCUCUUCUCUGUGUGUGUGUCCAGAGCUGGCGACGCUGCAGGUGAACACCUGGCUGGGCUGCGACCCCUCCCAUGCGGCCGCACCUCCUCUCCGUGCCCUCAGGGGUGCGGAAGAGCGCCUCUACCUGGAGGACGUCCAGAGCCAGACAGAUGAGGACAAACUCAAUGGCAGCCUGCUCUCCUCCGAGUCCACCUUCCUCCCAGUCACCUCUGACCCCCCCCGCUCCGACAGUGAGGAUGAGACGGAGACGUUUGAGCCCGACUCGCUGGCGCCUGAACACCUCAUUCGUCCCAAAAAUACCCUUGCUGAAAAGACCCUCCAGGCACCCUUGGAGAGUGAGAGCCAGAAGGAGAGGGAGAGCGAGAGGGAGGCAGAGGGAGAAAGGGUGUCAGCUGACAGCCACCUCACCUGCACCUUAACCUCAACCGCCGGUCUACCUGUGAUGGGAGAUGACCAAUCACAGACCAAUGACAGCGCUUUGCUCCAGGGAGCAUACUCAAACUGCGGUGCUGCAGAGGUGAGGGCCGGGUCUCAGCAGGAAGUUAAAGCAGUGGUGAGAUGUGAUAGGCUGGGCCACUGUGAAGCAGACAGGGCAGCCGUCAGUAUCCAGGCAUGGUGGAGGGGAAUGUGGACUCGGCGCUGCCACCCGCUGGCCAAAGAGGUGCGGUGUGAGAUCCGCCUGCGCAGGAUGCAGGAGCACAUAGUCUUCCUUUCUGGAGAGUUUGAGAGGUAUGGAACAGUCCCCAAUAAAUCCAAGGGCUGCGUUCCUAUUCUCUACUCUUCUCCAGAAGGGUGCUCUCAUUCACUCCCCUCAUGCAUUUAAAAGCAUUGGAUUGCUGCGUACAUGGCUGAAGGGAGUUUCCACCAUAUUCCUCACACCAGUCCAUUCCUUUCAAAUUCAUGAUGGGCAGUGUACAAGUGCACACUUAAGGAGAAGGGUAGAGAAUUGGAGUGUAGACACUGUUCUCCAGUCCUGGUCUUAUGGAACCACAAAAUGUGCAGACUUCACCAGUUUCAAUCAGUCAACUAAUGAUAAUGUAUUACAUUUGUAAAUUGAUUUUAAUUACAAAAAUAAUCUCAAAGCGCAUAGAAUAAAAGAUGAACUGCUACUAGUUAUCAAGCCCUCAAUUAAUUGAACCACGUCAGUUGGUACUAGGCUUGAACACAACCAGCCAAAUUGUGAUUGUGCAUGAGGGAUUACCAAUGUCAUAUGCGCAUGGUUCAUUACUAUGUCUGGAUGUUGUUGUCUAAAAGGUAUGGUCACACAUUUGUUUAUAGACUUGUUGGUAGGCUAGAUAAGUUGAUUUCUACAUACAAAACUUCAAUUUUCACUAUAAAGAGCAGACAUUUAGCCUUUUGUAAAGAGUUCACAAAGCAUUGUGUCUUUGGCCAUGCUUCAGAAUAUAGCUAUAGCUAUUGGAAUGUUGGAAGACUUGGGGGAUAUGUUGUCCUGCAACAGAGUGACAUUUUUAAUGUAACUACAGUGAGGGAAAAAAGUAUUUGAUCCCCUGCUGAUUUUGUACAUUUGCCCACUGACAAAGAAAUGAUCAGUCUAUAAUUUUAAUGGUAGGUUUAUUUGAACAGUGAGAGACAGAAUAACAACAAAAAAAUCAAGAAAAACGCAUGUCAAAAAUGUUAUAAAUUGAUUUGCAUUUUAAUGAGGGAAAUAAGUAUUUGACCCCCUCUCAAUCAGAAAGAUUUCUGACUACCAGGUGUCUUUUAUACAGGUAACGAGCUGAGAUUAGGAGCACACUCUUAAAGGGAGUGCUCCUAAUCUCAGCUUGUUACCUGUAUAAAAGAAACCUGUCCACAGAAGCAAUCAAUCAAUCAGAUUCCAAACUCUCCACCAUGGCCAAGACCAAAGAGCUCUCCAAGGAUGUCAGGGACAAGAUUGUAGACCUACACAAGGCUGGAAUGGGCUACAAGACCAUCGCCAAGCAGCUUGGUGAGAAGGUGACAACAGUUGGUGCGUUUAUUCGCAAAUGGAAGAAACACAAAAUAACUGUCAAUCUCCCUCGGCCUGGGGCUCCAUGCAAGAUCUCACCUCGUGGAGUUGCAAUGAUCAUGAGAACAGUGAGGAAUCAGCCCAGAACUACACGGGAGGAUCUUGUCAAUGAUCUCAAGGCAGCUGGGACCAUAGUCACCAAGAAAACAAUUGGUAACACACUACGCCGUGAAAGACUGAAAUCCUGCAGUGCCCGCAAGGUCCCCCUGCUCAAGAAAGCACAUAUACAGUGCCGUCUGAAGUUUGCCAAUGAACAUCUGAAUGAUUCAGAGGAGAACUGGGUGAAAGUGUUGUGGUCAGAUGAGACCAAAAUGGAGCUCUUUGGCAUCAAAUCAACUCGCCGUGUUUGGAGGAGGAGGAAUGCUGCCAAUGACCCCUAAGAACACCAUCCCCGCCGUCAAACAUGGAGGUGGAAACAUUAUGCUUUGGGGGUGUUUUUCUGCUAAGGGGAGAGGACAACUUCACCGCAUCAAAGGGACGAUGGACGGGGCCAUGUACCGUCAAAUCUUGGGUGAGAACCUCCUUCUCUCAGCCAGGGCAUUGAAAAUGGGUUGUGGAUGGGUAUUCCAGCAUGACAAUGACCCAAAACACAUGGCCAAGGCAACAAAGGAGUGGCUCAAGAAGAAGCACAUUAAGGUCCUGGAGUGGCCUAGCCAGUCUCCAGACCUUAAUCCCAUAGAAAAUCUGUGGAGGGAGCUGAAGGUUCGAGUUGCCAAACAUCAUGCUCGAUACCUUAAUGACUUGGAGAAGAUCUGCAAAGAGGAGUGGGACAAAAUCCCUCCUGAGAUGUGUGCAAACCUGGUGGCCAACUACAAGAAACGUCUGACAUCUGUGAUUGCCAACAAGGGUUUUGCCACCAAGUACUAAGUCAUGUUUUGCACAGGGGUCAAAUACUUAUUUCCCUCAUUAAAAUGCAAAUCAAUUUAUAACAUUUUUUACAUGCGUUUUUCUGGAUUUUGUUGUUGUUAUUCUGUCUCUCACUGUUCACUGUUCAAAUAAACCUACCAUUACAUUUAUAGACUGAUCAUGUCUUUGUCAGUGGGCAAACAUACAAAAUCAGCAGGGGAUCAAAUACUUUUUUCCCUCACUGUAGCUAGCUGUCUUUCAACACUUCUGAAGGCACAGCCAGAUAGGUCUAAAGGAUGAAGGAAUCUAGCUGUUUCUGUUGAAGAUCACGUAUAUAUCAGGCAAAUAUGUCAAACUCUUCCAAAUAAUACAUUGUUGUUUGUGUGUACAGGGUGAGGCAGCAGCAUGAAGAGGAGAAGUUGAAGAGACUGGUACAGGAGGAGGCUGUGAAGUUUCUAUGGAGGCAGGUCAGUGAUAAACAAGGUCAUGCAUCAAAUGUAGAUGCACAUACACACACCCUUUCUCACUCCUUCUCCCCAUCUGUCUGCAGCUUCAGUCCAUGCAGCAGUGGCAGCGUUCUGUAGAGGGGCAGCUGGCCAGCGUGACUCAGGCUGGGUCAUCUCCUGCCCCAGCCCCGACCCCCGGGCUCUGUGACCCCCCAGCUCUUCAACUCCCACAGCCUGUGGCCUCCAGCACUGCAAACCCGGCCUGCACAGUCCUCUCCUUCCCAGACUCAGGCUUCCAGUCAACAGAUGAACUGCAGGCAGGGCAGGAAGACACCUUCCUGAGCUGUGGGACCGGCGACUCUCUGGACACUGUGCGGCCGCUGGCUCCUUGUGGUGGGGGGAGCAGUCAGGACUGCAGUCUGCUGGAGCAGUACUUGUCCUCCGUGCAACAGAGAGAGGAGGAGGCAGAGGAGGGCGGUGCCAGCGACAGAACAGGCACACCUCAGCUCCCCCUCAACCCUCUCAUCUGCCGAAACAGCACAGGCUGACUCCCCCACUCAGAACACAGGAGACAAAGACACAGAGCAGCAACACACACUGGGAAGUCCAAUCUGAAGUGCCUGUCCCUUUUCUAGUCUUCUGGGAUUGGCUAAGAGACUGCCCAUAAACUCAGUCCAUCUGUGCUGAUGAAUGUUAUUGAUAGCUCUAACAGCUCCUCAUAGAACUUACUAACAUCCAUAUAGCGAGUGGCAUAUGGACUCAUGAAUGUGGAUACAUUCAUAUAGCCUGGAUGACUUUUCUCAUUUUUACUUUAAAUCUCUUGGACUGCUGCUAGCCUGGAGACCUGACUGUUCCUGCAUUCAACAAUGCUAUGUUGUUGAUUGCCAUGAUUUGUCAGUCCAAGGACAAUUUGGCUAAUGCUUGAUUUACAUUCGGGAGAUGUGGGAACGAUAGUCCCAGCUUUCGACACCUCUGAGUUCUUCCGUACACGGCAGACAUGCAAUUUAUACCGGUGCUAAAAAUGUUAAUCCAUGACGUGCCCCAAUGUGAAGUGAUAGCACGUCCGGUGACAAGAUUCUCCAGGAGAAUCGGAUAGAAAGGCAUCCCAUAGUACUCAGUAACCCUUUCCUUGACCUCACUGAAACUAUACAUAACCUUAACGUAAGCCCCUUUUCUAAACCUAACCUUAAUUCAUUUCGACCCCUAUGCCUACGGUUUUGUUCUGCUGGUCGAAUCUACACUUCCUUUAAGUAUUAAGUCCAUUUACCCUCCAACUUUGCUCACCUGGAACUUCCUUGUCUGUCAUGCUCACGCAGUGGUGGAAAAGUACCCAGUUGUCAUGCUUGAGUAAAAAGAAAGAUACCUUAAUAGAAAAUGA